AUGAAUAUAAUUAAUAGAAAACUCUGCAGAUCUUUGGACAAGAAUGUUCAAUGUCUCAGAUUGAAAGAUAAGAUGAAAGGUCUUCUAAUUGAUAGAGAAACUAUUCAAGCUACAUACUAUAGAUCAGAUGGUCUUAUAUUUGAACAACAAGCUAAGACA